AUCCUUAUUUCUUGGUGUAUUUGCUACUUCAUCUUGAUAUUAAUUUUUGCUACAUCAUCAUGAUCAUGUUCAUGAAAAUGAUGAUGGUUGAAAAUUUUCGUCAAUUUCUCCAUGUGUUUGUCGUCGUUAUGUUUUUACUAUUCACAAAAUCGGCUCUUGGACUCUCCUUAAGAGCUGAAGAAGAUGCUAAAACCAAAUGCAUAGAGAGAGAGAGACAAGCUCUCCUCAAGUUUAAAGAUGCUCUUAUAGAUGAUUAUGGUCGUCUCUCAUCUUGGGGGAGUGAUGAAGAUAAAAAAGAUUGUUGCAAAUGGAGUGGAGUUGGGUGCAACAACCACACUGGUCAUGUCACCAUAAUCGAUCUUCAUUCUUCCCAUGAUUAUCAACAACUGAGAGGUCAGAUUAGUCCUUCAUUGCUCGAAUUGCAGCAUUUGAAGUAUUUGGAUCUCAAUGAAAAUAAUUUUAGUGACGACAUCAUAAAGUUGAGGAACCUUUCUAACUUGCAUCAUCUUAAUCUUAGCGGCAAUUAUCAUCUAAAGUGUGAAAAUCUUGAGUGGCUUUCUCAUCUUUCCUUAUUAAGUCAUUUGGACCUUACUAAUGUUAACCUCAGUAAAGCAACCGACUGGGUCCAAUCUAUCAAUAAUCUUCCUCUCCUAAAAGAGUUAAGGUUAUCUUCUUGUACACUUCCUGCUAUCACUACUCAUCCCCCACUUCCUUUUAAUUCUUCUGCGUCUCUUUCUAUACUUGAUCUUUCUCGAAAUAAUCUAUCUUCUUCAAUAUACAGUUGGUUGUUCAACUUUAGUAGUAGCCUUAUUAAUGUUGACCUUUCUAGAAACCAGUUAAAAGGUCCGAUUCCUAAUUCUUUUGGAGGCAUGAUUUCCCUCACAAAUCUCAGUCUUCAUCACAAUCAUCUUGAAGGUGCCCUUCCAAAAUCCUUUGCAAAUUUAACUCGUUUACGAUCUCUAGAUCUGCACAAAAACAAUUUGACUGAAGAACUUCAUCAAUUCCUUCAAAAGUUGUCUGGGGCAGAGGACUCAUUAGAGGUUUUGUAUGUGGGUUACAGUCGACUUAGUGGUUCAUUGCCUGAUUUUACAAGAUUUUCUUCCUUAAUAGAAUUGUCUGCUGGCUAUAAUCAAUUGAGUGGCUCCAUUCCAGAAAUUUUUAGACAACUUCCUAGUCUUGUUUCUCUUGAGUUGAAUGGAAACCAAAUUACAGGGUCACUGCCUGACCUUUCAAUGUUUCCAUCAUUGAUGGAGUUAGACCUUAGAGACAAUCAAUUGAAUGGUUACUAUACACAGAAAUAUUGGACAACUUUCCAAGCUUGAGCGUUUCCGUGUCUCUUUCAAUUCAUUAAAAGUCGUACUCUCUGAAAUUCACUUUUCUAAUAUGUACAGUCUGAAAGUAUUUGUCAUUUUCUUCAAACACAUUAUUAACUUUUAAUUUCAGUUCUGACUGGGUUCCUCCUUUCCAACUUGAUAUCAUAUAUUUAUCAUCUUGUAAGUUGGGGCCUCAUUUUCCAAAAUGGCUUCAAACGCAAAGGAACUUCUCUGAGCUUGAUAUCUCAAGUAACGGAAUUUCAGAUAAUGUUCCUAGUUGGUUUUGGGAUCUAUCUCCAGGUUUAAGACUUUUAAAUCUCUCUAACAAUCUAAUCAAAGGUUUGUUGCCUGAUCUAUCAUUGAAGUAUCAGGGUUAUCUUGAUAUGCAUUUAGGUUCAAAUCAUUUUUCGGGUCCAAUACCACUAGCUCCUCCUAAUGUAACACUUAUGAAUCUCUCCAAAAAUAAGUUCUCGGGUUCACUUUCUUUCUUAUGUGCAAUUAGGGGUACAAAUCUCACCUAUCUUGACCUCUCAAAUAACUCACUAUCAGGAGAACUUCCGAGGUGUUGGGUGCACCUCAAAGCACUAUCCAUCAUUAAUUUGGCGCACAAUAAUUUGUCUGGGAAAAUUCCGAGUUCAAUGGGUUCCCUAGGCCAGAUUCAAACUUUGCACUUGCGCAACAACAAUUUCUCUAGGGAAAUUGCUUCUUCAUUAAAGAGAUGCACAAAUUUAAUAAUGAUUGAUUUGGGAGGAAACAAACUCACAGGAAAAAUACCAACAUGGAUAGGGGCACACCUAACAAGUUUAAUUGUUCUUAGUCUACGAUUCAAUGAGUUCAAGGGAAGCAUACCUCGACGUAUAUGCCACCUUAACCAAAUUCAAAUUGUGGACUUCUCCCAUAAUCGUUUAUCAGGAAAUAUACCACACUGUUUUCACAAUUUUACUGCCUUGGUGGAAAGUAAGAGUUCUAGUGUAACCAUUUCUUCUUAUUAUUCGACAUUUCAUGGCCUUGUUACUGCAACUCACGGCUAUAUUGAGGAUGUAUUGGUGUUGUGGAAAGGACAAGAGUCAGAAUACAAAAAUACUUUGGGACUAUUAAAAAGCAUUGAUCUUUCUGGCAAUAACUUAGCUGGGAAAAUUCCUAAACAAGUUGGGAGUCUUGCAGGGUUGGUUUUGUUGAACCUAUCAAGAAACAAUUUGACAGGAAAUAUCAUCCAAGAAGUUGGUCAGAUGAAAAUGUUGGAAUCUCUUGACUUGUCUACAAAUGAGCUUUCUGGCGCGAUUCUUGUCGGCCUCGCUGAUCUAAAUUUUCUCAGUGUGUUGAAUUUGUCAAAUAAUAGGCUGUCAGGAAAAAUCCCGAUAAGUACUCAAUUGUAAAGCUUUGAUCCCUUUGUAUAUUCAGGAAACCCUGAACUUUGUGAACUUCCACUUCCAAAGUGUCCGGGAAAAGAAAUAGUUUUGGAACCUCUUGUUCUUGUUCAUGGCAAAGACAAAAUGAUUCAAGAAGACGAUGACAAGUUUAUUACCAUUGGAUUUUAUGUUAGUAUGGGGCUGGGUCUCACCUUUGGAUUUUGGACAGUUUUUGGCACUAUGAUUUUUAACAAACCAUCUAGACAUGCUUAUUUCAAGUUCUUGGACUGCAUAAAGAAUUGGUUUUAUGUGAUAACUGCACUGAGUAUGGCUAGAUUGCGAAGGAGGCUUCAGAGGUAAACGGUCUAUUUUGCAAGCUAUCUUUAGCUCAUUUCUGCCAAGAUCUAUCUAUAUGUGUGUUGAAUUUGUCAGAUAACAAGUUGUUGAGAAAAAUCUCAACAAGCACUCAAUUGCAAAGUUUUGAUACCUCUGCAUAUUCUGGGAAUCCUGAACUAUAUGAGCUUCCACUUCCAAAUAAGUGUCGAGGAGACAAAAUAGUCGUGAAAUCUCAUGGCAAGACAAAAGGAUUGAAGAAGAAGACAACGAGAACAAGUUUAUUACCUUUGGAUUUUAUGUCAGCAUGGGGCUUGGUUUUACCUUUGGAUUUUGGGCAGUUUUGGGGCAUUAUGAUUUUUAACAAUCCAUCAGACAUGCUUAUUUCAAAUUCUUGGAUUGCAUAAAAAAUUGGUUUUAUGUGACAACUGCAUUGAAUAUGGCUAGACUGCAAAGAAGACUUUAGUGGUAUUGGGUCUAUGUUGGAAGCUACCUUCAGCUCAUUGGCCCAAAGAUCU